AUGGCUUGCAUGCAGGAGGAAGCCAUGAAAGAGAAGGGAUCAGCAGUGAAGAGUCAAGAGGCGCUUCUUCUUCCUCCCCGGCGCGGACGCAUAAAGCGUCUCGUAUUCGCCUGUCUGUUCCGAAGCUUCAAAGCCCCCGUCGCUCAACUCUUCGGCUCUGUUCUCGGCUGCAGUGCCCCCGCAGCAGAUCAAAAGCCGUCUCGCUCAUCUUCUUCGCUCGCUCCUCGGUGGGUUUCGGGUGGGAAAAUGGCUGUGUGUUGUGUCGUCUGGUGUUGGUUUUGUUUCAUCCGCCGUCUGCUGCGGCUCGCUUUCGAUCUUUCUCUGUAUCGGUAUCAGCUGGAAGUAGGAAGCCGCUCCAUUCUCGUCGUCGCCGCUGACGGAAAUUCCGGAAAUGACCUUGAGCUUGUGCUCGUCGGCGAAGCGUCCGGCGCUGGGGACGCCGACGAGGCGCUGCGGAUCAUCGCUGAGAAGGCCGGCAGGAGGGGCGGCGUGGUCGGCAUGUCGGAUUGCUGCUCGAUUAUGGCCGCGGCGCUUGAGCGCGGCAAUGCCGGGUUGGUUCUGUCCGUGUUCUAUGCCCCAGGUCCAGGUGAAGACGGUACUUAUGUCGACCGGUGGAGAUGGUCCAGGCCUGACGUGCGCUUAUACACACUGUUAGUUCAGGGUCUUGCAGCAUCACUAAGGGUUUCUGAUGUUCUAAGUGUGAUUGAUAUCAUAUGCCAAGUAGGGGUUUCUCCCGGUGCGGAUGUCCCUUUCGGGAAGGUUGUGAGAUGUCCAAGUUGUAUGAUAGCUGUUGCUGUUGCACAACCCCAAGAUGGUAUUCAGAUUGUUUCCUGUGCCACCUGCCGUUACAAGUAUGAGCUAUUUUCCGGUGACAUUAUUAGUAUUGACUCCGAAGAGAUCAGCAUGGAUGUUCCAGCAUGGAAACGGGGGCUAAGAUUUCUGAAUUUAACAAAGCAAACUAUCCCUGCUGCAGUUCACUCUGUUGUGGUGCAGACCCCUUCUGGUGUGGCGUGCACCCACUGGUUUGCCACUGAAACAGCUACUCUUCCUGCUCAAGCAGGAGAUAGAGUAACUAUGGCUUUAGCAGCUCCAUCAAAUGUUUACCGGGAGGUGGGUCCAUUUAAGUUUAGCCCAAAGGCUCCCAACUUCUACCCCAGUGAGCCUAUGUGCCUCACGAACCACAAAGAUGGGAGGGAAUCGCUACUUUUAAGCGCACCUGCAAAAGACGGAAAUUCAUUGUUAUUCAAUCCGUCUGUCCUUUUUCCACUCCUAGCUGUGCUGGCCACUGGAGAUGCUGCAUCUGGAUUUAUUGAUCCCAGCUUGCCUCAGCUCCUUUCAGUUGGUGCAGUUGCAUCUCUCACAGUUGGGGCUACUUUAAAUGUUCUGGUUUUUCCCCAAUUAAACAGACUUCUGCAAAGAUCAGUCGAUGCAACUGCAAUCAAGCAGCAACUUCUGUCUCAAUAUACUGUACUCCAGUCUCGCAUCAAAGACCUGAAACAAGCUGCUGAAAAAGAGGUAUAAUCGUUCAAUGUAGCAACCAUUUUGCAUUGAUAAAAAUGCAACUUCCUCCUGUUGUUGAGACGGGAACUGGAAAUGGGGGGUAAACCUGUAAUGUCAACUCUCCGUUUUGUUCGAAACCCCUGAUUCAGACCACGUUGCUUCCACAUUACCUGGCAUUUGACCGUUAAACUUAAAAUUACCGUUUUAGCUUAUCUGGGUAUGGCAUUCUUUUACUCUGCGAAGUCAAUGAGUGAUUUUACAUGGAAAGAUCCUCUUCACUCUCCGGUCUGAAUAUCCUUGAAGAUAUUCUCUAUUUUCGAUUAACUCUAUGUUUAUCAGUUUUCAUGUGGGCAACUAACAAGUCUUGAAAGUGUGGAGUCAAUCUUUUUAGAUAGUAGGUUCAUAGCUCUUUGGCAAUUAAAGAAAGGAUCAUUAAGCAACGUGAUCUUUUCAAAUCUUGAAUGAAGCGGAUCUCGAGCAUGAAUUUCCAUUGCUGCCAAUUAUUUCAAACCUGGCAGUUGAAUGCUGCUCCUGGAACUCUGAUCAUCUAACUUUCACUUUGCCAUGACUUAUGAUAGUUCAAUCGGCGACUUUAGAUAUUUUCUUUGCUUUUGUUUACAUGAAAUGACAAGAUGGUGAGAAGUUUCAGAACAGUGUGCAUCUAUGUAGGUAUGGAUA